UCUUAGUGUACCAAAACUAUUUUAGUAGUUUUCGGACCGGUUCUGCAUCACAAUUGCAAUUAAACUUUUUGCUACCUUUCUUCUUCUCUCUCCUUGGAAAAUUCUGCUGCCAUAAAGAUCUCACCGGCGCAGAUUUUUCAGGCCGCCGAGUCAGGUUUCAUAGGAUGUUGUUGUUGUUGUUAUAGUCAUGAGCAGAAUCUUGAAACAUCAUCCUGUUAUCGCUCUAUUGGAUUCCGGCACUACGUUUAAAGAAGUGCGGCAAAUCCACGCCAAGCUCUUGGUCGACGGGACGCUCAACGAUGACCAUCUCGUGGGCCAGUUCGUAAAGUCGGUGGCUUUAAGCGAUCAGAAGUACUUAGACUACGCGAACCAGAUCCUGGAUAGGUCUGAUAAGCCUACGCUGUUCGCUCUCAACUCUAUGAUCAGAGCGCAUUGCAAAAGCCUUGUUCCGGACAAAAGCUUCGAUUUUUACAGAAAGAUACUCUGUUCGAGUAAUGACCUCAGACCGGAUAAUUACACUGUCAACUUCUUGCUACAGGCUUGCACUGGGGUUGGGGUAGGUAUGCGUGAGAUAGGGGUUCAAGUCCACGGGGCGGCCAUAAGACGUGGUUUUGACAAUGACCCGCAUGUGCAAACCGGGUUGAUCUCUUUGUACGCUGAGCUUGGCUGUCCGGGUUCUUGCCGCAAGGUGUUUGACUCGGUUCCUUGUCCGGAUUUCGUGUGCCGGACGGCGAUGGUCACGGCUUGUGCUAGAUGCGGGGAUGUGGGUUUUGCUAGGAAGUUGUUUGAGGAGAUGCCGGAGAAAGACCCGGUUGCUUGGAACGCUAUGAUCUCUGGGUAUGCUCAGGUUGGAGAGUCGAGGGAGGCUCUGGACUUGUUUCAUUUGAUGCAGCUGGAAGGUGUGAGAGUCAACGCGGUUUCUAUGAUCUCGGUUUUGUCGGCUUGUACUCAGCUGGGAGCACUGGACCAAGGGAGAUGGGCUCAUUCAUACAUAGAGAGAAACAAGAUCAAAAUCACUGUGAGGCUCGGGACGACGUUGGUGGACUUGUAUGCGAAAUGCGGUGACAUGAACAAAGCUAUGGAGGUUUUUUGGGGUUUGGAAGAGAAGAAUGUGUACACGUGGAGUAGCGCCCUGAACGGGUUUGCCAUGAAUGGGUUCGGGGAGAAAUGUCUGGAGCUUUUCUCUCUAAUGAAACAAGACGGUGUUACUCCGAACGGUGUCACGUUCGUCUCUGUCCUUAGAGGUUGCAGUGUGGUUGGUUUGGUAGAUGAAGGGCAGAGACAUUUCGAUUCCAUGAGGAGUGAGUUUGGGAUUGAGCCUCAGCUUGAUCACUACGGCUGCUUGGUUGAUUUGUAUGCUCGUGCAGGCCGCUUAGAAGACGCUGUCCGUAUCAUCCACCAAAUGCCCGUGAAGCCUCAUGCUGCUGUUUGGAGCUCUCUCCUCCACGCAUCUAGAAUGUACAAGAACCUUGAACUCGGUGUGCUUGCGUCUAAAAAAAUGCUCGAGCUAGAGACGACGAAUCACGGGGCUUAUGUCAUGUUAUCAAACAUAUACGCAGAGUCAGAAAAUUGGGACAAUGUUAGUCAUGUUAGACAGUCGAUGAAAGCUAGAGGAGUUAGAAAAGAACCAGGGUGCAGUGUAAUGGAGGUCAACGGAGAAGUCCAUGAGUUCUUUGUCGGAGAUAAAUCACACCCGAGAUAUACAGAGAUCGAGGCGUUUUGGAAGGAGAUCUCGAGGAGGCUGAGACUUGCUGGGUAUAAAGCAGACACGAGCCCGGUUAUGUUUGACAUAGACGAAGAAGAGAAAGAGGAUGCUUUGUGUCUACAUAGCGAAAAGGCAGCGAUUGCGUUUGGUAUAAUGAGUUUGAAAGAAGAUGUUCCUAUUAGGAUCGUGAAGAACCUUCGAGUUUGUGGGGAUUGUCAUCAGGUGUCUAUGAUGAUCUCCAAGAUUUUUGACAGAGAGAUCAUCGUGAGAGACAGGAAUAGGUUCCACCAUUUCAAAGACGGUCACUGUUCUUGCAAUGGCUUUUGGUGAAUCUUGUUUUGAUAUCCUUAUGUUGACAGGAUUGUUUUAUACUUUGGAUAAAUGGAAAUUGAUAAAAUUUAAGAUUACAAGAGAUA